UCUUUAAAAAUUGGGAGUAAUCCUUGAUUUAUGAAAACAGAUAAAGACCCUUGUUAAAAAUAAGAGACAAUCUGAAUUAUUGAGAUAAAAACUUUGGGCUAAUAAUGUCAGUUUUCAAAUGCUUGAAAGGCUAUUAUAUGGAGGUUCCUAUUUUCUGCCUUCACAGAAAAAGAGCUACAGAAAAAGAUAUACCUAACUUGUAAUUCGGAAGACUUCACUUUGAUACCAAGAAAUACGAAAAUAUAAUAAUGCUUAUUGAGUACCCACCGUGUGUCAGACUCUGUUUUGAGCCCCAUGGGGUAGGACUAUUAUCAUCACAGACAAACUUGGACUUGAUUGAACCCAAGGAGUCCAACACUGUGCCCAGGCUUUUAGCCACUAUGCUAAGCCACCUCCUUUACAAGUGAAUUAAUAUUGGAACACCCCUCCCCGCUGAGAAAAACCAUUGUUUUUCUAUCAGCAGAAAAUUUCAAAAUAGGAUGGACCUUUAUCAAAUGAAAGUCAUAAUCCUGACACAUUUGAUGACAUUCAUCUUCUGAUUCUAUUCAAACAUGUCACUUUUUCUUAUAGCAAAACGUCUGUAUCCACUCUCAUCUUCCUCCCUCCCUUCUCUAAAAUGCCCAGCAGGGUACUUUCAAAUGUUUUGUGACAUUACACAAAUAACCUUUUCAGUAAUAUGGAUUCAUAGCCAAUGACACAUGUCAUAGGGAAACAUAAUACCUUUUUUCUUUUUCAUCUUUGGGGCUUUGUUUUAAUAAUUCAUGGAGACAUUAACCUUUCAGGUGGAUUUGAGAAUCCUUUCUAUUUAAUACAAUUUUGUUUGUGUUCUGAAACCAAGGACAUUGAAGGAUUUAUUCUCUGCUGAAUAGAUACUCCGUGUACAUUUAUCUUUGUUUUCUCUGAAAACACCUUUUAACCUUCAUCCAUCUCCGCAGGGCUCUAACAUGUGAGCUUGCUGCAUAUUGUUCCCUCUGUAAGAGAUAAUGUGAGGUGCUCCAACAGACUCUUGCCUUCUUUUGAGCCUAAGCCAUGAGUUGGAUAUUCCUCAGAGACCUCCUGAGUGGAGUCAAUAAAUACUCAACCGGGAUUGGGAGGAUUUGGCUGGCUGUUGUGUUCAUCUUCCGUUUGCUGGUCUACGUGGUGGCAGCAGAGCACGUGUGGAAAGAUGAGCAGAAAGAGUUUGAGUGCAACAUUAGACAACCUGGUUGUGAAAAUGUGUGUUUUGACUACUUCUUCCCCAUCUCCCAGGUUAGACUUUGGGCCUUACAGCUGAUCAUGGUCUCCACGCCUUCACUCCUGGUGGUCCUACAUGUAGCCUAUCGUGAGGAUAGAGAGAAAAGGCACAGAAAGAAACUCUAUGUCAGCCUAGGUACAAUGCAUGGGGGCCUAUUGUACACUUAUCUUACCAGCCUUAUUGUUAAAACUGGUUUUGAAAUUGGCUUCCUGGUUUUAUUUUACAAGCUGUAUGGUGGCUUUAGUGUUCCCCACCUUAUGAAGUGUGACUUGAAGCCUUGUCCCAACACUGUGGACUGCUUCAUCUCCAAACCCACUGAGAAAACCAUCUUUCUCUUCUUCGUGGUGAUUACCUCAUGCCUGUGUAUUGUGUUGAAUUUCAUUGAACUGAGCUUUUUGGUUCUCAAAUGCUUUAUUAAGUCCUGUCUCCAAAAACACUCUAAAAGAAGCAAGUCCUCAGUGUGUGAGUGCCGCAACCUCAGGUAUGUUGAAAGUGGUGAGACAGCAGCCCCUGCACUGCUCCAGGGUCACCAUUCAGAUGGGGCCAUCAGCACACCCCAGCAAGGUGGAACAAAGCUACUUUGUGACAAACAAGAGGGUUAAACAAAGAAACCCUGCAUCCCUCCUAAGCAAGACCUAGGCUGGGUUAGAAAACAAAGGGUUUUAGCCUUCAUGUAAUUUGGGAAGAAUUUACCAUAUUUCCCCAUGUAUAAGACGCACCCUUUUUUGAAAAAAUUGGGGUCUAAAAACUAGGUGUGUCUU